AUGAAUUUCAAGAAAAUUAUUAUGAAUUUUAAAGAAAAUGAACAUGAAUCUCUAAGUGAAUUAAAUGAGUUAAUUGAUAAAAAUAACGCUUAUAAAAUCGCGGGUGUUAUCAAUAGAAUUAUUAGAUCUAUUGAGUUUAAUUACAAUGAAGAAUUUACAACCAGACUUACAAAUAUAAAUGAGAGACUGAAGGGUUUUUUGAAUAAAAAAUAUUAUUUUUUAUUGAUUGAUCCUAAGAAAAUUAAAUUUAAAUCACUUAAGAAAAAUAAACCACAAGGAUUGUUAAGUUCUUUCUCUAAUUUGGUAAUUGAAUCGUUAAUAAACAAACCAAAGUCUGAAAUAAGAUAUAAAAUAUCAGAAGCUACCGAUCCUAAGUUUUCAUCUAAGAUAAUUGAAUCAUCAUCAGAUUUUAUUGAUUUACUUGGUUCUUAUAUUUUUAGAACAAGUUCUACUAAAUUUUAUUUUGGAAUUGCUUUAUUACUAGACGAGUCAAAUAUACAACAAUUUAUGAAUCUAUUGGUCAAGAUGAAUUUUAUGGAUGAUGAUAGUUUAAAUGAACAUGCUUUUAACUUUAUUAACAACAUUGAUUGUGUUUUUCAAUAUCUUCAAAAGUAUAAUCCUGAUGUUUUUAACAAAAUGCUUGAUCAUAUUUAUUCUGAAAAAAGAUAUUUUAAAGAAAUAUUUAUUUGCAACUUACAUAACUUGGACGUGAAUGAGAUUCUUAAGUAUAUUAGACCUUAUAAUUUUGAUGUAAUAGGAUCUUUACUAGAAAACAGACCAUUUAUUGUAGUACCUCUGAUAGAUGCAUUUAAUGAAAAUAAGUUAAAAGUAGGAAGAAAGUUUUUUAUUACUAAAAUUAUAGAAUACGACAAGUAUUUUGUUGAUUUUGUUGAUAAAAUUAAUUUAGAAAGUUAUGAAAUUAAUGAUUUGAAAGAAAAAAGUGAACUUUUUAAAAAUAAAAAAUUAAACUAA